AUGCCGCUCAUGCCGGUCAAGGCUGAGGCCCUGCCGCAGUGGGGAGUGGGGACCCCGCUCCAGGAGGGCGGGCGGGGUGUCUGGAGGGGAAAAGGCCUUGGGGCUACCCCGGGCGGCGCUGGGGCCCUCGGACCUGGGCUUCUCUCCACAGGGGCUCCUCAGGAUGCCAGCCCCGGGCCCAUCUACUUCCUGGACCCCAAAGUCACCCGCUUUGGCCGCAGCUGCGCCCCAGCUUACUCCAUACAGGGCCGGGGCAAGUCUCGGGGUCCGGAAGUGACUCCAGGCCCUGGGGCGUACAGCCCGGAGAAGGUAGCCCCGUUGCACCAGCGGACACCCCCGGCCUUCACCCUGGGCUCCCGCCUCCGCCCGCAGCCGCUGGACAACUCGGCCCCUGCCCCUAACACCUACACUCUGCCCUCCCUCUGGGGCUCCCAGGUCUUCAUCAAGCCCAGCAGCCCCAGCUACACGGUGGGGGGCCGCACGCCCCCUGCCCGCCCCCCCCAGGACCCCUCUGAGAUCCCAGGCCCCGGCCAGUAUGACAGUCCCGACCCCAACGCCUACCGGCAGCGCCGGCCAGCCUUCACCAUGCUGGGGCGGCCCCGUGCCCCCCGCGCCCCACAGGAGACGCCUGGCCCUGGCACCCACAGUCCCGAGCAGGUCACUGUGACCAGAGCCCGGGCCCCAGCGUUCACCAUGGGCAUUCGCCACUCCGGGUGGGCGGCCACCAUGGCCGCAGGCACCGCACCCUGA